AUGAAAUCGCCUCCCGCGCCGAAGACAGACGAUCAUCCGAAAGAUCCCCAUCUCCGAUCUCCUUUGAGCAGAAGAAUCAGGAUGUGCAAGUAUAGGAACUUCAUCGCACUUGUGCCCAAGCGCAUCUUGUACAGCCGGGAUAGGGCGGAUCCUGAGCAGAGAUUCCGCAUCUCUGAAAUUGCCCUCUCCUCGUCUAUAUUCAUUGCCAGGUCCGGAUACGAAGGCGCCUCGAUUACUGCGGGAUCCUUACGCAUUAAGGAGAAGGAAUGCGACGGCCCAAUAUAA